AUGCUCAGCAAUGUCUUUGGCCUCCACCUGCUAUACAGCAACCUCCAAGGCCCCAGAACUGUUCUGCUCUCCUUGACUCAGCCCAUCUGCCAGGCAGCCUACCAGAAUGACUUGGGGCAGGUGUGGCGGUGGGUAAAAGAAGACAAUCGUUAUGUGGAUGUUCAAGAUGGCUUCAACGGAGACACUCCGCUCAUCUGUGCCUGCAGGCGAGGACACGUGAGAAUUGUCUCCUUCCUUUUGAGAAGAAAUGCUGAUGUCAACCUCAAAAACUUGAAGGAGAGAACCUGCUUGCACUAUGCUGUGAAGAAGAGGUUUACCUUUUUUGAUUAUCUACUCAUUAUCCUUUUAAUGCCUGUCUUGCUUAUUGGGUAUUUCCUCAUGGUAUCAAAGACGAAGCAGAACGAGAAUCUUGUGCGCAUGCUCCUUGAUGCUGGCGUCGAGGUUAAUGCUACUGACUGUUAUGGCUACACUGCUUUGCAUUAUGCGUGCCAAAUGAAAAACCAGACGCUCAUCCCCCUGCUUCUGAAAGCCCGUGCAGACCCCAUGAUCAGGAACAAGCAUGGUGAGAGUUCACUGGAUAUUGCACAGAGACUAAAGUUUUCCCAGAUUGUAUCAAUGCUAAAGAAAGCCUCAUAGUUCUGGGACUUCUCAUGUUGCAACAGAGACACAGCUGAAGAACUAGAUGUUGUCCCUGUCUUGGGUGAUUGCUAUGUGAGCUCUCAAGCUGGAUGCAUCAGUAUUGUGACAAGCCCUGGACUUCAAAAGGCUUUUAUUCAGGGGAAGUCAGCAUGGCCAGAAUCCCUCCGAAGGACCCAUUAAGCUUGUUGGAACCUCUAUUACUGUUAAAACUGAUUUUUAAAAAGUUCUAAUUCAGUGUCUUCUAAAAACAAGUCAGAGCUACCUGAGUUCACCUUCUCUCUUCCCAGUUGUGUCAUCCUUCAAGACAACUUUGCCCUACAUCCUGUCCAGGGAGACAAAUGGCUUCUCACAGGCCCCUUGACAUACUAAGCCAAGCAAUCAGAGCGUGUGCAUUUGAAUGGCAUGGCACAUAUGUAUGGGAAGUUAGAGACGUCAACAUAAAUAUUCCUUUGAUUUAAAAUCUUCAGUAAGGGGGCUGGAGAGAAGGCUCAGAGGUUAAGAACAUUGACUGCUCUUCCAGAGGUCCUGAGUUCAAUUCCCAGCAACCACAUGGUGGCUCACAACCAUCUGUACUGAAAUCUGGUGCUCUCUUCUGGCCUGCAGGCACAUAUGCAGACAGAAUGCUGUAUAUAUAAUAAAUAAAUCUUACAAAAAGAAAAUCUUCAAUAAACACAUCUGCCAGUUGUCAGCUAUCAGUUUGUCUAAACCAUAGAAAUUGGCACAUGUUCCAUGGCAGAACUGGUUUUUGUUGUUUCUCAGGAGCUGACUGACCUCCAUAUCAGCAUCCAUUUCACCAUCAGUUUAUAAGUAAGUGCCUUUUCAGUUUAUAAGUUAUGUAAGUAUCAAAACUGUCUGUACAGAGUCCCUAUGGGGCUGAAGCUGUAGGUCCAUGGUACAGCAUGUGUUUGCUAUGCAUAAAACCUUGAGUUUAAUCCCCAACACCAGAAAUAAAGAAUUUUCCUGUGCACACAUUAGCUGCUA